AUGGAUAAAGGCGAAGGUUUAACUGGUCCUGAAGAAGCUUUGAUUCGUUUGGAACAACGAGUUGCUCUCAUUGAGAGAUUGGUUAAUGGAUCGAAACCUAAUUAUGAAGAUGAUAAUAGUUUAGUUGAUCCUUUACUUGAAGUUAUAACUAAAUUAAGAGCAAUUACUGCUGGUAGAGAAGACUAUUUUAAACUGUAUGACACUUAUGGAGAUUUCAUCUAUAAAUUGGAUCAACUUGAAGGAAACAUUGAACCUGAUUCUGUGAAGUGGGAAAAUAUUCUGGCACAAGAAGAUAAAUUAAGAGAAAAAAGUUCAAUGUUGGAAGCAGUUGUUUCCAAAAGAGCAAUUAUCGAUUCAACAGCUUUCAAGAAUAUCGAACCACUGAAGCCACGGAUGGAAAAAUUAAAAGAUCUCGUAAUCAAACAAAGUGAAGAAGUGGAUAAAGUGAGCCAAGAGACACAAGAUCUUAUUAGAAAUUACAAUCAACUGAUCACCAGGAUAAGGAAUAAAAUGAUUGGCUGGGAUAAAUCGUUAAGUGUAAUGGAAUUGGCUAAAAGAAAGUGA